UGGAAAAAGCAUCCAUACUACUUUCGAACAGUUAAUGUAUCACUACUAGCUAUGCUAAAGAUGUCAACACAUGCUGUCUCGGGUGGAAUGAUUGAAAUUAUGGGUAUGCUUGUUGGAUACCAUAAAGAUAAUGAGUUAAUAGUAUUAGAUUGUUAUCCAUUGCCCGUGCAAGGUACAGAAUCACGAGUGAAUCCUCAAAAUGACUCGUACGAAUUUAUGCUCAGUUAUUUAACAAAGUUACAGGAGAGUGGGAUAAGGAAAGAGAACAUUAUAGGUUGGUAUCAUUCGCAUCCCGGAUUUGGGUGCUGGUUAAGCGGAAUUGAUGUUCAAACCCAAAAACUACACCAAGGAUUUGAAGAUCCGUAUGUCGCAAUUGUUGUGGAUCCAAUCAAAAGCCUCAAAUCUGGAAUGGUCGAUAUAGGUGCAUUCAGGACUUUAUACGAUGAACACCUACGUCCAGAAAACAGUAAUACGAACAGUAAUAAUGCCGAACUGGGGUGGCAUAGUAAAGAGUAUUAUGCAUUAAACGUGAAGAUAUUCGUGAACGAAUACGAUCGUGUUUUACUUGAA